AUGGUGAAUGGAAAGCUUUUUACAGGAAUCACUACAAAAUUACGUUCAGAUCCCACUGCAUUAGGGAAGAACCUUUUAUUUGUGAGAAAAGGCUUUGAAUUGCCAUAUCGUGACGAUGACGUUGCAUUUGUCAUCCCUGAACGUACAUUUGCUCAAAAAUUAAAUGUUUCUUCACUUUCAAAAGGUUCUUUAAUUUCAGAGGCGCAUGGAAAGUAUGCAAGUGAUCUAACAAAAUCUGCUAUGAUUCUCUCUCAGUCUAAAGUUCUUGAACUACGACAAGUCUACUCUCGUUUUGCUUCUCCAGAUGAACAACAAACGAACACUUCUACUAUUCAUGAUAUGACUUGUUAUGUAUUUAAAACAGAUAAGCCUGAACCUGCACAGCUUCUUGCCACGAUUAUGUACGUACUUAAAGAGAGUGCAUACUUUAUACCAAAUAUUUCAGCUAUGAGAAAUCAUAAUCAAAUAAUUUUACGGGCAAAAUCUGAUGUAGCUGCGAUAACCAAAGUGCUAGAAUUGAUUCGUCUACGCGAUUCUUCUGUCGCAGAGUUUCAUUCGAAAGCACAGGAAAUUGUAAAUUAUAUUCGUUCAAAUACGAAUAAUAGUUCAACUGAAUAUUUCAUAUCUCAAGUAGAUACUUUACCAAAAUUUACGGAACAAGACAAAUUAUUUAUUAAUUUCAUUAGAUCCUAUGUCUUUAAUUCACAAACAAGUCAUGGUCUUUUUGAAACACCAAUAGCUGCUAUACUUAAACCCAUGAAAUUAUACGAGUGUGACCUUGACAAGAAUUGUGCAACAAAAUUCUUGAGAGAAAUUGGUGUAUGGUCACCUUGGGAAAAUUUAAACGUUUAUGAUCCAAGGAUAAUGUUAAAUGGUCAUGGUGUAUCAAAAAGAUCUGAUAAUGACCAGGAAAUUUCUCUAAAACUUGCCAAAAACUUGAUGAAUACCAAACCAUUCAUUUAUAAACGGAAGAAAAAAUCAUCAAAAAAAUCUCCUUUACUUAUAAAAUCACUUCCGAAUCUUGGACCUAUGGAUUUUUAUCCAUAUGAUAUCUGCGAAAAUAUUAGACAUGAUUUUGGUGAGCUUCCAGUGUACACAAUAGAUGAUUAUACAGCACACGAAAUUGAUGAUGGUGUAUCCAUCGAGCGUUUGAAUGGUACUGAUUCCGAUUUAGCUUCAAUGUGGAUACAUGUUCAUGUUGCUGAUCCGUCAACUUAUAUCCCACCUGGUCAUAAGUUGUCUCAGAUAGCUCGUACAAGGGUUCAAAGCAUCUAUUUUCCUGAACGUAAUUACUCAAUGUUACCAUCCAUAACAAGUGAAAAAAGAUUUAGUUUAGGUGUUGGCGCAAAAGAUUAUGGAAGUUGUGUAUUAACUUUUAGUAUGCGCAUUGGAAAUGACGGUACAUUUUUGGAUUAUAAAGUUCGACCUGGUAUCGUUCGACGUGUUAAAACUUUGUAUUAUGAUGAUGUGGACACAGUUCUAUCAUGGGAUAAUAUCGGAAGAGACAAAGAAGAGAUAGAAUUUUUUCAAAAACAACGUCAUUUUCAUCCUCGCGAAAUACCAAUAUCAAAAAACACACGUGGAGAACUUUCAUUAUCAGAAAAACAAGAUCUACUGGAUUUACAGAAACUUGCAGUGAUACACAUGAAACGUCGUAUAAAUUUAGGAUCUUUUAUGUUCAUGUUACCACAACCAUCAAUUGAGCUAUUUCCUUUUCCAUUACCAAUAUCUAAUCCUGAUCCUCAAGCACCGAUAAUACACACUGGAAUGCCCAUUAUCCAAGUUGGACUUGAUAAAAGUAUGCAUUCUCCGGCUCGUGCGAUGGUCGCAGAACUAAUGGUCAUGGCUGGUAUUGUCGCAUCAAAAUUCUGUCAAGAACGUAAUAUUCCCAUUUUGUAUCGACGUCAAGAUCCACCUAAUUCACCAAUAAUUGAUGAAGAAUUGAAGAAUAUUGAUUUGAGAAAUGGAGCAUUACCCAUAACGUCUACGGUAAAAGUACGUCCUUUGAUGUCAACAGCUCGACUAACAACAGACCCAGGACCACAUUGGGCUAUGGGAAUUCACAAAGGUUAUUCGAAGGUUACAUCACCAUUACGUCGUUAUUGUGAUAUAUUAGCACAUUGGCAAAUAAAAGCGGCACUUCUUGAUAAUGCACUUCCAUUUUCGAAAGAUGAGUUGGAAAAAAUGGCAUUGCAUGUAAGAGCACGGGAAAAAGACAUUGGUAAAACGCAAAUGCUUAGUUCGAAAUUUUGGAUACUUAAUUUAAUUAAUCGAUUUAAAGAAGCGGGAACAUUACCAGAAUUAACUGGAAUCGUUUUAAAUGCUUUUGAAAAUGGGCAUAAAAACGUUCUAAUAAGAGAACUUGGAGUUCAUGGAAUGUUUAAUGAUGAUAAGGGAACAGUAAAUCUCGGAGAUAUUAUAAAAGUUUACCCGGUCCAAUGUGAUCCAGAAAAUACGAAUUUAUUCCUAA